AUGAAGGCCGUUCAGAAACUCGCGGGCUACCCCCGCUUGCUGCUGGCGGGCAGCCCUUCGAAAGCCGACCUGGGCACCCUUCUGCUGGGCAUUGUUGCUGCCAUAGCAUCCGGCGUGCCGUUCCCGCUGAUUGGCAUCUUGUUUGGCCAGCUGCUCGACGACUUCAACGGAGCAACGUGCAAUGAACAGGACGAUUCCGAGUCUGGGGCCGGAUACCAGUCCAGCAUCAACAGCAAGAUCCUAAUCAUUGUUUACCUAGCCAUUGCCCAGUUCGUCUUGAUCUAUACUCACCUCUUCUGCUGGAGUCUCAACGGCGCCCGACUGGCCCAAAGGCUGAGGGAGAACUAUCUCCAAAACCUGCUGCGCCAGGAGCCGUCCUUUUUCGAUGACCUCCCACCCGGCGAGGUCGCCUCUCGCCUCCACGGCGACAUCCAGACGAUCCGCUCGGGCACGUCGGAAAAGGUUGGGAUAUGCCUGUCCAGCGUGUCCUUCUUCGUCACGGCGUACAUUGUGGCUUUCAUCAAGAAUGACAAGCUGGCAGGGAUGCUGGUCUCUUUAGUCCCAGCCUAUUUCAUCAUGUCCUUCGUUGGAAGCCAUUAUAUCGAGAAGUAUUCUGGGCUCAUGUCCGACUAUGCCGCUUCUGCUGCGUCCAUUGCUUCUGAAGCCCUCUCAAACAUUGUCGUGGUCCAGGCGUUUGGUGCCAAUGCCAGACUGGAGAAAAAGUUUUCCACGGCACUCAAGGCUUCCGAGAAGGAGGGCGUCAAGAAGGCCACGGCUACUGGCAUCCAAGCCGGUGUCUUGUAUUUCGUCGCCUAUUCCGCAAACGGUCUGGCUUUCUGGCAAGGAAGCAAGGACAUUGCAGAAUCUGUGAACAAUCCCUCUGGUGGCGCUACCGUGGGUGCCACGUUCACCGUCAUUUUCAUUUUGAUUGAAGCCACCUUGCUCCUGAGUCAGGUUGCACCCUUUAUCCACCUGUUCUCAGCAGCCGUCGCCUCGUUCCAAAAGCUACGUGGGGACAUGGAACGUGAGCCGUUGAUCGAUGGCAUGAAAUCAUCGGGUCUUGCUCUCCCAGAAGCAGGGGCCGGAUUCGAGUUCAACAACGUGUCAUUCACCUAUCCCUCCAGGCCUGAAAUCACCGUUCUCGACAACAUCAGCUUUUCUAUCCCUCCCAAGAAGCAUACAGCCCUUGUCGGACUUUCUGGAAGUGGGAAAUCGACCAUUGCAGGUCUAGUCACACGGCUGUACAAUCCCACGCACGGGCAAAUCCUCUUCGACAACCGGGAUGUUCGAGAGCUCAACGCCCGUGAUUUGAGAGGCUUCCUGGGCCUGGUACAGCAGGAGCCCUCUCUCCUCGACCGUUCGCUUCUGGAAAACAUCGCACAUGGCUUGAUCAACUCAAGCAAUCCCAGCCAUGCGCAUCUGAAAACCAUCCUUCUUGGUCCUGAUCUUUCAAAUUUGGCGAGUGAAGUCAGGGAGGGUACCGAGCUCAUGGCUGCGGCUGAGAAACGGGGCCCUGCUUUCGUCGAGAUUGUGAAUUUGGUAAAAACCGCCGCCACGCUCGCAGAUGCGGAUGGCUUCAUCUCGGCCCUCCAGUACGGAUAUGGCACGACGGCGGGAUCGAGCGGGCGGCUGAUCAGCGGUGGUCAGAAGCAACGAGUGGCCCUCGCUCGAGCCCUGGUCAAGGAUCCUCCGGUUCUCAUCCUGGAUGAGGCAACGGCGUCUCUGGACUCCAGAAGUGAAGAGCGUAUCCAGCGUGCCAUCUCGAACAUCACCGACGGCCGGACCAUCAUCACCAUCGCUCAUCGACUGUCGACCAUCACCAGCGCGGACAACAUCAUCGUCAUGCACAGAGGGAAGAUCUUGGAGCAAGGAACUCAUUCGGAACUGAUUGCCAACCACGGCUCAUACGCCGAGAUGGUCAAACUUCAGUCUCUCGCACCGGCACCCGAACAGACUGACAUUCGCAAGGCCAUCAAAUCGGGUCAACUCCCUACGGCAGGUGGUGACAUCGAGAAGACGAGCCAGUCCGAGGACGGAAUCGAGGAUGCCGAAAAACCUCAAUUCUCGACAAGUGAAGAUGCAGUCGCCGCCGACUCAGCAAAAGACCCGGAAGAGCCUGAGACGCCCAACAAGUCUCUGUGGGCGCUGGUGCGGGGCUAUGCACCGGCCAUUCGACCUCACUCGCUCACCAUUGCUGCCGCCCUUUUGGGAUCCAUCGUUGUCGGUGGAGCCUUUUCCGGCGAGGCGGUGAUUUUCGGCAACACGGUGGGAAGUCUCAGCCUCUGCCACACGGCAGCAAGCAUUCGGGACCGCGGCGACUUCUACGGGCUCAUGUUCUUCGUGCUUGCCAUCAUCGAGUUUUUUGCAAACAUCUUCAGUUGGGCCGGCUUCGGUUGGGUUUCUGAACAUGUCGUCUACACCGUCAGGGUGUUGUCUUUCCGCUCGUUGUUCGAGCAAGACCUCCAGUGGCACCAAUCGGAAGGCCGGUCCCCUGCGCUGCUCCUUGCAUACAUCACCAGAGACGGCAAUGCCCUGGCAGGCUUCAGCGGGUCGGUCAUCGGCACGUUGUUCUCCAUCACGGUCAACCUCUUUGCAGCAAUCAUCCUGACUCACAUCAUUGCCUGGAGGAUCGCACUGGUCUGCCUCGCUUUGGUACCACUCCUGCUGGGGGCCGGCCUGAUGGAACUCCGCGUGCUCGGCAAAUUCGAAGAACGCCACGAGAACGCAUACACGCAGUCCGUCGACAUCGGCGUCGAAGCCGUAACGUCCAUCAAGACGAUCGCGUCGUACUCGCUCGAAGACGAGACCCUCUCCACCUACCGGCGCUCGCUCAACGGGCCCCGCAAAGAAACGCUCGCCGUCACCGUCCAAGCCAGCUUCUGGCAAGCCAUGACCUACUUCUUCGGCAACCUCGUCAACGCCCUCGCCUACUGGUGGGGCGCCAAGCAGAUCAUCGCGGGCAACUACACCCAGACGCAAUUCAUGAUCGUCGUCUUCUCCCUCCUCGUCAGCGCCCUCCUCUGGAGCCAAAUGUUCGCCCUCGCGCCCGAGCUCUCCAACGCCCGCGCCGCCAUGGCCCGCAUCCUCUCCCUCAUCCAGCUCGGCUCCGGCAAAAUGCAAGGCCACGUCCACCCGCCCUCGCCCUGCACCCCGCACGCCCUCGAAUCCGCCGCCGAAAAAGAAGAAGACACCACCACCACCAUCCCCCCCUCCUCCCCAUCCUCCAGCCUCGCCCUCAACGACAUCCACUUCUCCUACCCCGCGCGCCCGGACGUCCCCGUCCUCCGCGGCCUCUCGCUCUCCAUCGCCCCCGGCCAAUUCUGCGCGCUCGUCGGGCCGUCCGGCGCGGGCAAAUCCACCAUCAUCUCCCUCAUCGAACGCAUGUACGCGCCGAGCUCGGGCAGCGUGCACAUCGACGGGCGCGACAUCGCCGGGCGCAGCGUCGCGUUCCGGGACACGAUCGCGCUGGUGCCGCAGGAGUCGGUGCUGUUCGACGGGACGGUGGCGUUCAACGUGGGGCUGGGCGCGGCGCCGGGGAGGGGGGAGGAUGGGGCGAGCGCGGCCGAGGUGGAGGAGGCGUGCAGGUUGGCGAAUGUGCACGACGUGGUGGCGGGGUUGCCCGAGGGGUACGGGACGCUGUGCGGGGCGGGGGGGAAUCAGUUCUCGGGGGGGCAGAAGCAGCGGUUGUCGAUUGCGAGGGCGUUGGUGAGGAGGCCGAGGCUGUUGAUUUUGGAUGAGUCGACGAGCGCGUUGGAUGCGGAGUCGGAGCGGUUGUUGCAGGAGGGGUUGGAUAGGGUGGCGGCGGGGGGGACGACGGUGAUUGCGAUUGCGCAUCGGUUGCGGACGAUUGUGAAGGCGGAUGUGAUUUUUUUGAUUGAGGGGGGCAGGUGUGUGGAUCGGGGGACGCAUGAGGAGUUGUUGGAGAGGUCGGAGAGUUAUAGGGCGAAUGUCAUGCAUCAGACUGUGGCGGUUUGA